AUGAAUAAAUCCAAAAAUGUUUGUUUAGGAAGGAGGGGACGUCCCAAGAAGGGGGGAACUAAAAAGAAAAUUGAAGAUUAUAUUUCUGCUCUAUUAGAAGUACCUGGAUUUAGUUUUUAUCCCUUAGAAAGGACUAAAGUGGGUGAAUGUAAAGUUUUUGGUAGUCUCUUAGUUCCCUUAAGGAUGUUCGACUUGUUUCCAGAGUGGUUCCAAGGUACUUUCAAUAAGAUUAAUUGUUUUCAAGAUGUUUUUUAUAGAGAUUCAGAUUUAAUAAACAAUGAGGGACUUAAUAAAUGUGAUUCUAAAGAUAUGAUCAAUAUUUCCUUUGUAUGUGAAAAACAUGAGCGAGAUUUUAUGCUUGGUCAAAAUAAAGGACUAGCAUGUACUGAAUGUAAUUUCAUGCCUUACAUAAUAAAAGUUGAUGGACAUAUAUGGAAGUUAGCUUUUAGUGCACCAAUAAAUAAUUCUUGUAUAUUUCUAGCAGUAAGUUUACAUCCUGAAAAUUGUCCAGUAACUGAAAUAUUUAAAAGAUAUAGUGGUCCAGGAGUUAUACAAAUAUGGAAUAUACCAUUUACUUGUGAUAAUGAACAAGAGAAAUGUAAUGUAGAUAACUCUAGAAUAGAGCCAUAUUUGAAAUGUGAAGUUUACCAUAACAAAAAGAUUUGUAGAUAUGUUGAAUGGAUUCCUUUCAGUGACUGUUUGGAAAAAGGGGUUGUAGGUUUGUUGUUUACAAUAUUAGGUGACUUUUGCGCUUAUAUAUAUUUAAUACCGAUAAACUCAAGUAGAAUUGAUGCUGAAGAGUAUAUACUGUGGUCAUAUAAAGGUGUACAUUGCAUCUACUCAGCCUCAAUAUGUAUACCAAGUCCAUCAGGUAUUUUACGAAUUGCAGGUACAACUUUAGAAGGAAAUAUUUUAAUAUGGACUUUUCAAUCAUAUAAUUCUGUAUCUAAAGAUAUAAAAGAAGGAAUUAUUAAUCCUUCUGAGCAAAUAAUUUCAGUUACAGAGAAUCGACCAAUAUUAUCAGCAUCAUGGUGUCCUGGAAGUUUCUCAUUAUUGUGUGUAGGUGAUAUUAAUGGGAAAAUUACAAUUAUUGAUUACAGACGUUGUAUGAAUCACUUAGUUAAAGAGUUUGAUUUGUCUAGUAGACCUAUUACCAAUAUUGUAUGGUGUAGAUUAACUAACAAUAUAUAUGUAUCUCAUGGAAUAGGAGCAAUUGUCAUUUCUUUGGAACGAGGUGACUACACUCAAUUUGCAAUUGAAGCCUUCUAUAAAAAAAAAAGUACAUCAUACAAUAAAAAUAAGACCCCCAUACUAGGUGCUAGAUCUUGGUCCUGUUGUUCUCUUAUUCACUAUGCUAUUUUUGGAUUUAAUGAUGGUUCAACUAUCAUUGGUCCAUGUUUUGAAUUUGAUACCAAAUCUUUUCGGGAAACUAUGCUUUUGAGAGCUAUAAUACCAAAGCCUAUUGUUGAACUUGAAAAUAAUACUUUGGAAAGUUCUCAAUAUAUCUCAAUAAAUUCAAGUUCUAGUAGUGAAAAUUUAGAUUCAAGCUCAAAUUUACAUUUAAAGAUGCAUGAUUUAAUACUUGAGAGUACUCGUAAGAGAUAUAGAAAUAUAAUUAAAUAUGGAGUGAAGUUUUUAUGGAAUACAGAAAUGAACAUUGAUAUUCUAGAUUAUUUGGAUGUUCACUGCGUAUCUACUAUUGACCCUUUUCUCUAUCCUCAAAUGGCAAAUCAACCUUUUAUUGCUAUAGCUUAUUUUGGUGGCAUUAUUGCAAUCCAUAAACUUUUAUAUUAUUAA